AUGGAUUUCCAGCAGUGGGAAAGUCGCAAUUUGGCUAGAUCCAUAUUGGCGCAAUUAUACAGCAGAGUGAUACACCGUUAUGAAGAGGACGUUAAGAAGGCAGAAAGGAACCGCUCACAGCCUAAUCAUGCCGAGUUGCCGAGAAAUCCUUCCGAUGCAGCUUUGAGCAGCUCUAUCCAUCGCCGCUUUGAUCGCCGAAUGAGCCGCUCAUAUUCGAUUGGAACUUUGCUAGAUGAUGAAGAAGGUGCUCCCAACGGUCUAAUGUUCCCAUCUCUGAAGUACACUGCACCUAGUCGACGAUGUUCCGUCGACGACUCCAUCGCUUUUCUGCCGGAUUCCCCAGAAUCGUCCGAUUCACAAGCUUCUCUUCGUCGAACUCAGUCCACUGCAGCACUGGGAUCAACGUACUCUUUGACAGCAGAGCGCCCAUUAUGGUUUGGUCCGUCUUCUGUGGCGUACUAC